AUGGGCCAAGCCAGCCCAGCAGCAACAAACAGCAGCAGCAGAAUCCAUACUACAGAGAGGACCCAGGGGUCCCCCAGGCCCCCGACGGCACAACCCACCCACCGAACCUCCACCUCAAAGCGGACCCGGGUCCCAGAACCGGUCAAACCCGGAAUCCUCUCCGGAGAGAAACCCAAUUGGGGUGAUGGGGAUGUUGAGCUCCUGAUAAGUUCCAGUGACGGGCUUCGGGUCUCGAUGGAGGUGCAUCGGAGGGCGCUGGCGGAGAAGAGUAGGUUUUUUAGGGAGAAUUUGGGGAGGAGGGGCGGGGUCGUGGAGAUUUGCGAGUGCGAUGACGUGGAGGCUUACGUGGAGGUGGUGGGCAUGAUGUAUUGUGGGGAUUUGAGGAGGAGGUUGGCUGGGGAGGAGAUUGGCAGAGUUCUUGGGUUGCUCAAGGUAUCUGCAGCGAUCAUGUUUGAUGCUGGAGUGGUCGCAUGCUUGGAAUAUCUAGAAGCAGUUCCUUGGUCAGAAGAUCAAGAAGAGGAGAUAUUAUCAGUUCUCAACCAUCUUGAACUUCACGAUUCACUGUCGGAAGUAUUAAAAAGAGUUUUAGUAGAACCAUCUACUUCCUCAAAAUCCAAUGCUAUCUUCUUGCAACUUCUCGGUGGGGUCCUACAAGCAAAAGAUGAUAAAGCCCGAAAGAGUAUGAAAUCGUUAAUAUCCGGAUUACUAAGAGAAGAUAACAGUAACCAUAUUGACAAGCUUGAUGUCUCUAGAGAAACUCUUUACCAUCUUUGUGAUAAAUGCCUAAAUUCCCUUCAUUUUUGCUUAUCUGAGGCUGCCAAUAUAAAUGAGAGCUCUCGAGAUAGAGGAAAUUUAAUGGUGGAAAUAGCUCGAGAAGCGGAUAAUAUACAUUGGCUUGUUGAGAUUCUUAUAGAUAAAAAGUUUGUUGAUGAGUUUGUGAUGAUUUGGGCAGAUCAAACACAACUCUCUAGCCUUCACCCAAAGAUUCCAUGUAUGUAUCGGUUUGAGAUCAGCAGGAUCACUGCUCAAUUAUGCAUAGCGAUUGGUAAAGGAGAUAUUUUGGUGUCAAAAAAUGCAAGAUUUUCUUUGUUGCAAACCUGGUUGGAAGCUCUUUACAAUGAUUUCGGUUGGAUGAAGAGGGCUUGUAGAGCUAUUGAUAAGAAUUUGGUAGAAGAUGGUUUAUGCAAAACAAUUCUUACAUUGCCGAUGGCUCAGCAGCAAGCUAUUCUGUUGAGAUGGUUCGAUCGAUACUUGAAGAAAGGGGAUGAUUGUCCGAAUCUUCAAAGAGCUUUUGAGGUUUGGUGGAGGAGAACAUUUAUAAGAAGAUAUGGAAGAGUUUGGGAUCAGUCUGAGAUGCAAAUUGCAGUUUGUGAUUACCCAACAUGAAGGUAUCUGGUUUCAAUAUUUAUUUUUUGGGUUAAUAGCAAAUAUAUCUCCUGUGUUUUGAGGGCGUAGCCACUUACAUCCCCUAGACUAUUUUGUUAGCUCUUAUGCUCCCCGAAACUUAGAUGAUAUUACUUUUUGUCCUCCUAUUCAGAGGGCAAUUUAGUCUUUUUUAGUAGGACUCUUUGUAUAUAUACCCAUU